CCGACCUAAAACUGAGGAUGGGAGGAUUGUUUUGUGUUUGUUAUUUGUAGUAAAAUGGAUAAAAACAUUAUUGUCACUUAUAAAAACAUUAUAAAAUCGAGAUAUAUAGUGAUAUAUCGCAUAAUUAGUUAUUUACUUUUUGAAAAAAAUAAUCAGUUCCUGUUCCAGGAAGUAUUACACGCAAAUAUUAACACGAACACAACGCUUUGAGUUUAUUUUUUGUUUCAGAUGAUCACUUUACUAUGAUUUUAGUAUGAUUUAUUUGAUUUGUAGUCUAUUUUUAGCAGUGAUAUCGAAUAACAGUUCUUUGAAUCACCGCGUUGUUCCCGGUAUCAGUUACAAAACUUGACAAGCUCAGGUUUUGUAACCGACAUUUCUCUGACCAAUCGGAGCGCUCCUUUAUGGUCAUGUGACCGUGUAUUUUUAUGUAACACGCUGGCACGCGCAAUUAACGUUAUCCUUAAGCACUAGUCGAGUGGUUAGUGUUAGCUUUUUCAAAAAAAUGUGUUUUCUACUCGAAUAUUAAUUUAUUUAUUUUGUUUAUUUUUUAAUUCUUAGAAGAAUAAAGAUGUCGGUUGAAGAGCCGGAGCAAAACUGUGUCUCGUCAGGGGACAGAGGGGGUUUGUUUAUCCCGUCCGACACCGAGCCGGACUGGGCUGAGGAAGAAGAACACGGAGGGCGGCUCGGGGUUCAGCAGAAACGCCUCAGAGGAGCGCUGGAUGCCUUAUUCAGAGCCGUGAGGAGCGAGACCGAGUCCGUGCGACCCGAGCACAUCAGCACUUUAGUGGAGAUCAUCGUGCGCAACUUUAGGAAGAAGGAAACGGCGGUUUCGUGGGUACAGCCCGCUCAGGACGGAGAAGUGGACGGAGAACUGGACUGUCCCGGCUGUAACCGGUUCAUACUGGAACCAGUGACCGUCGCGUGCGGACAUUCCUACUGCAGGAGCUGCUUACAGCAGGCAUUUCUCUCUAAAUGUAAAAAAUGCCGUGAGGAGAUCGGAGCCAAACAUCUGCUCCGUGCUAACGUGCUCCUGUGCGGACUUUUAGAGAAAUGGUUUCCGGAGGAAAUCCAAAAAACCAAGAGCAUAGCAGAAGUGAAAGGGCUGCUCAGGAGCAAACACUUCACCCAAGCGCUUUCAUUAGCAACACAGCUGUUAGAAUCCGACCCCAGUAAUAUCAGACUGCGAGUGUGUCGAGCUGAAGCGUAUUGGCGUUUGCAGCACUAUCGUCACGCUCUGGAAGACUUUGACGUGUGUAUGAGCGUCGCUCCGUCUGUCGAGGUGGUGUUCUGUAAGGCUAAGCUGCUAAAGGAAAUGGGUCGAGUGGACGAGUCUGUAAAACUCUUCCUCCAGUGUCUCUGUGUGGAUCAGGACUUUCAGGAGGCCAGACAGGAAGUGGAAAAUAUCCUGUGUGAUCUCCUGGUUCCGACGUGUGAGAGCGUGCAGACGCUCGAGGAGAGUUCGGAGCCCUCGGGUCUGAUCCGAGCGCAGUCCUUACGGGCUCAGGUGGUGGGCGGAGCCAGAGGAGAAGGGCUGAAGAGGGUUAGCUCCGCCCCUCAGCUGGGAGAAAAGGGCGCACUGCUGAAGAGGAAACUGUCCGGGUUGGAGGCGGGGCCUGAAGUGGUGGAGAACAGCGACAGCAAACACAAAAAACAAGGAGUGAGCGCCGCAGCGUCGGUGUGUAGCGAUGAAGAUAAACCCCACCACGGAGUCCCGAGAGAUCUGCUCGACCCCAACGACUUCGAGUGCUCGCUGUGCAUGAGGCUGUUCUACGAGCCGGUGACGACGCCGUGUGGACACUCGUUCUGUAAGAACUGCCUGCAGAGGAGUUUAGAUCACAGCCCUCAGUGUCCUCUGUGUAAAGAGAGUCUCAGGCUGUACCUGGCCUCUCGGAGGUUCUCUAUCACACGCGUGCUUGAUGACAUCAUUAAGCGUUACCUGUCCGAGGAGCACGCUGCGAGACAGAAGAUACACAACGACGAAACGAAAGAGCUCUCCGAUUUAGAGAAUAAUGUUCCUAUCUUCGUGUGUACGAUGGCGUAUCCCACCGUCCCCUGCCCACUGCACGUGUUCGAGCCUCGGUACCGCCUCAUGAUCCGCCGCUGCAUCGAGACGGGAACGCGACAGUUCGGCAUGUGCAUCAGCGACACUCACAAAGGGUUUGCGGAUUUCGGCUGCAUGCUGCACAUCCGUAACGUGCACUUUCUGCCGGACGGCCGCUCGGUGGUCGACACGUUCGGAGGGAAGCGCUUCCGUGUCCUCACACGCAGCAUGAGGGACGGGUACUACAUCGCUAACAUCGAGUACCUGCAGGACCAGAGAGUGGAGGGGAAGGAGGAGCUGCAGCUGCAGGAUCUCUACGAUCAGGUGUAUAAUCAGGCGAGUGUGUGGUUUCACGCUCUGGAGAACCGAUUCAGGAACCAAAUACUGCAGCACUUUGGACCCAUGCCUGAGAAAGAGAACGAUAUACAGUCCAGUCCGAAUGGUCCAGCGUGUUGUUGGUGGUUAUUAGCGGUUCUCCCAGUGGAUCCUCGUUAUCAGCUCUCGGUUCUCUCCAUGACGACGCUCAGAGAACGUCUGGUCAAGAUCCAGCACAUCCUCGCGUACUUGCAGAACACACACCCCGAGUAGAACACACACACACACACACACACAGAGUGAGACACCAUGUGUGUGUUUCCUUAUGCCCUUAUGCAGUAGUAAUAUUGUGCUGUCCUACAUUAGUACAGAGACAGUCCUGAUGCGCGCACACACGCACACACACACACACAAAUACUUUGUGUGUCUUCUGAAUGAAACAAAUCCCAAAUGCUGAUAUUAUUGUCAUAUUAUCAUAAUUGUAAUUUGUAAAACAAAACUGAGUUUACACUUAAACCUUAAAACUCAGAGAAAUGAAAAUAAGACUGUAUCAGACGGAGAUCAGACGGAGACGUACAGAAACACGUUAGAGCCUGACCAAGAUCCCAAUCCUGUCACUGAUGUCAGUUCUGAGGAGCAUACAGUCUGCUCUAGAAUUAUUGGCACCCUCGGUAAGAUGAUGAAGCGAUUAGACUUUAUCAAGAGAAAUAUAUUUAUAACAUGUAGCUGAAGCACAUUCAUUAUUUUUUUGUUUUAUUUUGUAGAGAUCCUGCACCUGAGUGAUCAGGAAAUCUUACCCAUGACUUCCUGUUUCACUGGGGUGUAAAUACGAGGUCGUACACACACACACACACACAGAUGUGCCAAUAAUUCUGGAGCUGAGAGUGUGUGUUCAGACAUGAAGUAGUGUUAGUUUAAAACACCAGACCGGUAUUUUACACCACGCUUCACACCAGCCAUCUGGAUGUGUGUGUUACUCAAACACAACAAACUCAGUAGUAGUUUUUCUUUUCCUUUUUUUUUUAAACUAAUAAAUACAGUAUUGAUGCUCUACAGCGCCCAGGUCAGCUUCAGAUCAGUUAACACAUCGUGUUUAGUGUUAAUGCGUGUGUAUGUUAGUAAUGCAGACAUGUUUCUAUUACAGUACAGAAAUUCCCACACAGCCUGUGGUGUAAAAUGUGUUCACACACACACACACACACACACACACGCACAAAAUUCGCUUCCUGUGAUUAGCGCCCUCUAAACCUAUAAAGAAUGUUUACUGGUUUAUAUGUGAAUGCAGAAUAUUUAAAAAAGACUUGAAUAGACUUUGAUCAGCGUGAUUAAUUCCCAUGCUGCUGCACAUUAAUAUUCAUACUGAAACAUUCAAAAUGGCCGCCGACGUAUCGGGCAGGUCCGAUCACUCCGAGUCCUUAUCACUCGCUUAUGGAAAAAAUGCAGUUUCAUUCCACACACGCAGCACCGAGCCGACAGACAUGCGAUUUAAAACCAUUAAUGUGACCUGGUUUCAACAGAAUUAUUAAUAAUAACAAAGAAAACUUUAAAGGGAAGAAAAAAUAUAGAACUCAAGCCUUAAUUUUAUAAGAAAAAUAGCAACAGCACAUCAGCGCACAAUAAAUUAUUUUUAAUCUCCAGUUAAACACUGCGUACAAACUGCCUUAUUACAGCUGGAAGGAUGAAGAGAUCCAAUGAGUACAAAGAUCUGAGAUUUAGUUUAUAAAUAAUAAUAAUAAUAAUAAUAAUAAAUGAUUGAAUGAUAUUCCAAAUAAAAAAAAUGGCCACUGAAAGCAACACAACAAAAAGCUUCAAGCCUUUUUUUUUUUUUUUUUUAUUUUAAAGUCACUAAAUUUGGAAAGUUUAUUCAUAAAUCCCAAAGACACCCAAACACUUGUUUAAUUUAUACAUUUUUAUUUUUUAUUAAAUUUUAUUUAGAGUCUCUUAACCAUCAAUCUGCAACCAUUAAUCUACUUUUUAAAAUGCAUUUAUAGCAAAACAAAAAUCAUUGUGAAAAUAAUUGUUGUUAUUAUUAUUAUUAUUAUUAUUAUUAUUAUUAUUAUCAGUUUGACAAAGAAUUAUACAAAUGAAAAAUUCUCAAUUCUUUCGAUCUUUUUUGUGAUUUAAAAGUUAAAUCUCUGACUCCUGAAAGAUGGAACCUCUGGUCUGUAAUCAGCGUGUUAGUGUUAAAACUGCGUUACUUCCAUUGUUUUCAUGUUUGUGCUCUAAUCGCAUUUAUGAAAUUGCACUACUCCGAGCUCGGCAUGCGCUGAUACACAACGCGAAGAAAUCAUCUUCACCAAACAACAGUAACGUAAAAGUUUAACAGAGCGAUGCACCGAAAUCAGCAUUCCCAGAUUAAAUUACAAAUAAGUCGUUAAAGAAAAAAAAUAAAGUAAAAAACCCACAAGAUAAUUUAGAAUAUUUUACAUUUUUGAUAAAUUCAGUCCUUUCAUUAGCUUUCCACAACUUUUUUUGAUUAUACUGUUUAUUUUAAUUAUCUUUUUUUUAAUAAAAUUUUUAAUUUAAUUGUUCAUUUCAAAUUUACCAGUUAAAUAAUUUUUAAUUAUUAAAUGAAAUUAUUUUAUUUGAUUAUGUGUAAAAGUGUAAAAUUUGACGCUUCAUUGUACGUCUGUAUACAGAAUAUUUUUAGUUUUAUUUUUUAAAAAUGUAUUUUUUUUUUUCUUUUUCACUUGUGGAACUUUCGGUGCAUCUCUGGUUUAAAACGUGGCUCUGAGCUGAGUUUAAUUUAAUUUUGUAAAAAUUAAAACAUCAUCGAGUGCUGAUGAUGUGAGAGUUGUGUAUCAGCACAUGCCUGCUCAGAAGACGGACUUCCAAAUAGAAUCAUUUUUAUAUCAUUACGAUUGUUAUUAUUGUUAUUAUUCAUAAAUUAGGGAACUUUAGCUAGCUCGAGGGUCGUGUGGAAAAUCCACGAUAAAUUAACGUCAUUAAUAAACCAAAAGUAGGAUUUGUUUCAUCAGAAGUUUCGAGUUGUUUAGAGGGUUAGUGUUUUAUAAAUUGUGGCGAUUCGAGCAGAAGAGCGGAUUGUUGUUGCGCUGAAGAAAAGAUUUUGCGUAUUUUCCACAUCGUGCAAACGCACUAACACUUUUUGCCUUAUUAAAACCAUUUAGCAUUUUUUUCCAUUACGUAAUAACGGUUUGGUUUUAAUUGUUCUUCUUCUUUGUGUAUGUGUACAGUUUAACAAAUUGAUGAAAAUAAAUCAUUUGAGUUUUUUUUUUCUUUCUUUUUUUUUUUUUUUUUUUUUUUUUUUUUUACAGAAUUGUGCUCUUUUUCUUUUCUUUUUUUUUUUUUUUGCUUGGAUAUUUAUGUUAAUUUUAAUUUAAAAUAAAACUAAAAUGAUUCUUAAUCUUAUUGUGUCACUGAGAUAGAACUGAUCUCCUCCACCAGGUGGCGCUACACACACACACACACACACACACACACACACACACACACACACACACAAACAUUUUCUAAAUAAUAUCUGAAGGAAAAGCAGUGUAAUGAUGUAGAACAUUCGUGUACAUUAUGAAUUAAAAUGAUUCGUAGUGAUUAAUAAUAAAAAAGACUUUUAAUUAAAAAACCCACUGAUUCAAUAUCAUGAAUAUUUAUCACUGUUCAUACGUUAUUUUACUAAAUCAAACCCCAUGUUUUAACCAGAAACCCCCAAAAAACAUGAAAAAAGGAAUAAAAUCCUGAUCUUUAAUUGGAGUGUUUAUUUAAAAAGCCAUAUUUAUUGUGUAUAUAAUUCUGUACAUUGAUUUGAUAUUAAUACAAAUUGUGGCCUUUAUUUGUAAUGAUUAUCUAUCUAUCUAUCUAUCUAUCUAUCUGUUGUACAGAACAGUUUCAGAAUAAUUUUAUAUAUUAAUUGAAUAUAUUAAAUGUUUUUUUUUCUACUCUUUAUGCAGCACAUCUUUUAACAUUUAAUUGCUGAGAAAAUUAUUUAAUUAUGCGGUGAAUUUAAAGCUGAAACGUUUCAUCGGAACUCCAGAAGGAGGUCAUCGAGCCGAGAGCAUCAUCACGAACUCUGAAAGACAAAAACAGACAAAUAUAUUAUUAGCGCUGAUUAUUACUUACGUUAUAACUAACACUAACACGCUAUAAACUUCAGCACUGAGAAAAUCCAUAACUAAAA